AUGAAAACGGAGGAAUGUCGUACAAAAGCUCGCAAUAUUGUUUGUAAUAUUAAUCAGCUUAUACCUGAUUCACUUCCAAAUACCUGUCCGAAAUAUGAUGAUAAAUUACGUGGUUAUUAUAUGGGUUGUUUUAAAGAUUCACUAAAUUCUCGCCUUCUUAAUGGUCAUUAUUACAUAUUUAGAAAUAAUUCACCGUUGUAUUGUGUAAAUAUGUGCCUUCGAGCAGGUUAUCAUUUUGCAGCUGUUGAAUAUCAUGAUGAAUGUUUCUGUGGUGACACGUUGACAAAUCCUGUUUCACUUCCAAAUAUAUCAUGUGAACAAUAUCACUGUAAUGAUAACGAUAAUAAUUUGUUUUGUGGUGGUUAUAAUGCAGCUGCUAUUUAUCGUACCGGUGUAAUUGAAAAACCUUUGUUGGUAAUAAAUUAUACUAAACCAGAUGAUAGUGUGCCAAAUGUGCAAAUUUUAUUUCUUUUGCAAUUGAAUGGACGAAAUAUUCGUCAGGUGAAUCGUUUGUUUCGAAUUAUUUAUUCACCAAAACAUUAUUAUAUAAUACAUGUUGAUAGCCGACAACAGUAUAUGUUUGAGGGAAUGAAGGAACUUGUUGCCACAGUCCAAAAAGCUGGUUACAAGAAUGUUUAUUUGAUGGAAAAACGUUAUGCAACGAUUUGGGCAGGUGCUGCAUUACUAUCUAUGAUUUUGGAAGUACUAAAAACAGCUUUGUAUACUCUGAAUUGGAAUAGUUGGGAUUUCAUGUUGAAUUUAAGUGAAAGUAAUUUUCCUAUUCUUUCAAUGGUUGAAUUAGAAUUCCAUCUAGCAAAAAGUAAAGGACGAAUUUUCUUGGGUAAUCACGGUUAUGAUACUGCGCGAUUUAUUCAAAAACAAGGACUGGAAUAUGUUUUUAUGCAAUGUGAAAAUCGGAUGUGGCUUCUAAUGAAACGGACGAAAUUUCCAAAUUCUAUUCGUUUCGAUGGUGGCUCUGAUUGGAUUGUUAUUAGUCGAGAUUUUGCCGAAUAUGCUUUAUCUGAUGAGGAAUUACCUUUAAAUUUUCGAAAAUUUUUCACUAAUGUUCUGCUACCAGUUGAAACUUUUUUUCAUACUCUAGCAGCUAAUUCAAAAUUUUGUAUGCAAGUGGUGAAAGGAAAUUUGCAUUUGACAAACUGGAAACGUCAACAAGGUUGUCGUUGUGCAGCAUUAAAAAAGAUUGUGGAUUGGUGUGGUUGUUCACCACUUGCUUUUCGAUCAUCUGAUAUCUCGAAAUUUUCACUUGAGGCUGUCAAAAAUAGAGUGGUAUUUUUUGGUCGUAAAUUUGAUUCAAUGAUAAGUCAACGAGCUAUUGCAAUUGCUGAAGCGCAGGCAUUACGAUUUACUGAUAAUAUCAAUGAUAGCAAUUUCAAUCAUCCAUCAUUUAACAAAUCCUGGACAAAUGUUUAUUUAUCACAGUUUGAUCAGUCAGUGUUGCUGGAAAAUUUUGCUCGUGCAUUAUUGUCUUAUGAAAUGAAUGGAAAUUGUAUAUUUGGCAAUCUUUCAUCAAUUAUUGCUUAUAAAGAAAACGAUGAAGCAAAUAUUCAAAGCAUAUACAGAUCAUCGUACAGAUGUAAUAAUAAUAAUAAUUCAAAUGAAUUUAUUCAAGUACUAGUAGAAUCAAUUAAUUUGGUAAAAUUUAUGCAUACAAUUGUGGAUGGUUAUGAAUUGAUAAAUCUUGAAAUUGGUACCGAUUUUGAUUUUAAAGAAGAAAUUUUUCGGAAAUAUCAUAAUAUUUUAUCAGAGGAUGAUACAAUUUAUGCAAAAUUACGAUGGCGAAGGAUUGGAUCAUUAGCAACUUCUGUUCAUCAAAAUUUCACAAGUCCUGAAGUAAUUGUGGAAUGGAAGAAUCCUUCAAAUUUUGUUGUUAAACGGACAAAAGUAAAUUCAUAUAAUUCCAUGUUUGGUGGUCAAUAUACGGAAUUAUUUUCAAAUGAAACAACACCUGGUGAAUGGACUGUUGAAUUUAUCCAUAUGGAAGCUAAUAUUAGCACUGUUAUUAGUUCUAUAAAAUUUAUAAUAUUUUCAAUAACUGAUAGAAAUAUUAGUGAUGAUAUAAUAUUUAAAUAUUUUCGUCGUAUUGAUUUUUGCUCAGAAGGUGGUAACAUUAACAAUCUACCGAAUUGUUUGGAAACAUCAUGGAGUGCAAGUUUUCCGGAUCUGAAAUCUCAUUUAUUUUUUUGA